AUGCAGGUGGAUCCUGAGAGAUGUGGCAGAAGGUUGUCAUCUGGUGGAGGGAACACCUCGCGAUUUGAUGGGGCUCUGUUCACUGAAUCUGGCGAUCACUCAGAGGCAAUUAGGUCUCAUAAUCAUGGCACAGUUUGGGACCUUACUCCUGGCACAAAAGAAAGCUUGUUUCCUCACCAACAAGAGGGGUUUGAGUUUAUCUGGGCAAAUUUGGCAGGAACCACUGACCUUGCCAAGUUGAAGAGGGUUGAUCCUCAGAGCGAGGGUGGGUGCAUAGUUUCUCAUGCUCCUGGAACUGGAAAGACCAGGUUGACCAUGGUGUUUCUGCAGACAUAUUUGCAAGUGUUUCCCAAGUGUUUACCCAUUAUCAUUGCUCCUGCCAACAUAUUACUCACUUGGGAAGAUGAGCUGAGGAAGUGGAACAUAGGGAUUCCAUUCCACAAUUUGAACAAUGCUGAAUUAUCAGGGAAAGAACAUGCCAUUAGGGAAGUUGAUUGGUUAUUCAACCAACAGCAGAAGAAGGAUGUCAUAAGAAUGGUUAAAUUGUGUUCUUGGUACAAAGAGAAGAGUAUUCUGUUAAUCAGCUACAAUCUAUAUGAGAAGCUAGCCGGGGGAAAAUCUGAAGGAGAUGGAGAGAAAGAGAAGAAAAAUAGUAAGAUUGGAAAAGAGAAGAAACGUGCAAGGUCUAGGGAGUAUGUUGAAACUGCAUUGGGAAAUGUUCUGCGAGAAUAUCCUGGUUUAUUAGUUCUUGAUGAAGGUCACACACCAAGGAACAAGCGUAGCUGUAUUUGGAAGGUUCUCUCGGAGAGUAGAAGUCAGAAGCGGAUCCUUCUUUCAGGGACACCUUUCCAGAACAAUUUUCUUGAACUCUAUAAUAUUUUGUGCUUAAUGAAACCAUCUUUUCCUGACAGCAUACCGCAAGAACUUAAGAAGUUUUUGAAAAAUAAAUUAAUACAGGAAACGAAAGCUUCAAAAGAUGAUAACUGGGAACCCGUUUCUGCUGGAAAUCAAGCUGAUGAAAAAAUAAACCAGCUAAAGCUGCUGAUGAAUCCCUUUGUUCAUGUUCACAAAGGUAGCAUUCUUCAGAAGAACCUUCCUGGUUUAAGAGAUUGUGUACUGGUUUUGAAGCCAGAAUGCUUACAGCAAAAAAUUCUGGAGAGCAUUGACUGUUCUCAAAAUGCACUAAAUUUUGAGCACAAGUUGGCCUUGGUCUCUGUCCAUCCCUCCCUUUUCAUCAACUGCGCUCUGUCAAAGAAAGAAGAAUCUGAUGUUGACUCAGAGCUGUUGAAAAAGAUUAGAUUAGACCCUUAUGAAGGGGUUAAAACCAAAUUUCUGAUCGAGUUUGUCAGACUAUGUGAUGCAGUUAAUGAGAAAGUCCUUGUGUUCAGCCAGUUCAUUGAUACCUUAUGCUUAAUCAAGGACCAGCUGGAGUCAGCCUUCAAUUGGACUGUGGGAACGGAAGUGUUGUAUAUGCAUGGCAAGCUUGAUCAAAAGCAAAAGCAGGUUCUCAUUCAUAGUUUCAAUGAUGCAAAUAGUCAGGCAAAGGUGUUGCUUGCUUCUAUAAAAGCAUCUUCUGAAGGCAUCAAUUUGGUUGGAGCUUCAAGGGUCGUGCUUGUUGAUGUUGUUUGGAAUCCCUCGGUGGAAAGGCAAGCUAUUUGUCGAGCGUAUAGACUUGGACAGAAGAGGGUUGUUUAUACUUACCAUCUUCUUGCACAGGGCACUCCCGAAUGUGCAAAAUAUGGUAAACAAUCAGAGAAGGACCGAUUAUCUGAAUUGGUUUUCUCAAGUAGAAAUGCUGAAAAUGAUAAGCUUGAGAAUGUUGGAGUAAAGUUUGAGGAUAAAGUUCUUGAUCUCAUGGUUCAGCAUAAAAAUCUCAAGGACAUAUUUGGUGAAUGUCUGGUUCAGCCAAAGGACAGAGAUUUGGAAACUUUGGGCCCCUAA